AUGCACUCCUUCUCCUUGAUGUUUUUCGGGCUAUUCCUCGGCUCCAGUCAUGCCCUCGGGGAUGUCUAUCUACCAGCUGUCCAGAGAGCUAACCCAGUGGCCACAGAGUACUUCACUUAUGCAGCUCCACCGGAAGAGGAUCAGGCAGCUCCUUGGCAAGCAGCUCGCCAGUUAGCCCAGGUGCUGUCUCCGCCCCAGCAGGUGGUCUUCAUUCGCACACCGGAGACGAAUCUCUUUACCCUAACAGCCAAGCAGCUGGCGACUAACAAUCCGCUGGACAUCUUUGUGCUUCAGCGCCAGGCGGAUGCAGCGGCUCUGGCCCAGCAGCAGGCGGCUAUCCAGCAGCAGGCAGCCAACCAUCAACCCUCGGUGCACUUCGUCAAGUACCGAACCCCGGCGGAUGUGACCCGAGCUUUGAGCGCUCUCAGAAGCGACUAUGACCGGCUGCCAGGGAAUAGCAUCAAUCAUGCUGUGGAGAAGGCGGAUGUCCUGCAUCUCAACCCGGUUACAGCGAGGCCUCCAAGUCCCGCUCCUGUGAUCUUCAAGAUCCGCCCGAAAGACAGCGCCGAGUACGAGACCCAUGAACAGGCCAGCGAUCUGGAGACGGCCAAGUUGCAGGCUCUAUUCCGGGAGUACCUGCCGCCGGGAAAGCGACGCUAA